AUGGUUACAGAGCAAUGUUACCGAUUUGUUACUUUUCUAUUCUUAAGCACAAUUUUGACCGAACAUUAUCACCAAGGAUAUGCGUUACGGAAAUUUAAUAAACGAGAAGAACAUGAUAGCUACCUUAAGCUACUUAAUCAUUUACUAGAUGACAACAGAAAAGGAAAAUCUAAAUCUACAAACAGAAUUUCUUCAAUGAAAAACUCUUUAAAUACUCUAAUAAAUGAAGACUUUGAUAAAAAUUCUGCAGACGAACGUUUAGACAAUGACAAAGUUACUCACGUGUUUGUUCUAAAUGAUUUGAAAGAAGAUUUUCGAAAUGUUGAUAAUUUUGUAUGGACUAAAAAUUUUGUGGACGACAGCGAUAGCACAGACAAACAAGCUGCGAGAACGAUUUACGACAGUGGACCGGACAAUUCAGAUGCGAAAAGCGAAGAGAAUCAAGGGAAAGGUAAUGUUAAGCAAUCCAAUGAAGAUGAAGAAGACUGCAACACUUCUGAGCUAAUGAGCUCCCAAGAGGGGAACGGAGAUAAAAAAAGUAAAACAACUGGUGGCAAAGGCGUAGCAAGAUCGUGCUCAAGACCGAAAAGCAGAUGCAAGAAAGCCUGUUACUAUACGUACCGAAGCACUUUACGAGCGAUGUCGUUCGUAACGCAUUCGACUUUUUGUUCGCUUUUCCUGUUGGUGAUAGUUAAAGGUAUCACGGGAUCACUUUUGAGGACAAGGCUUCGGCAUCUCGAUCCGUACUACGACGAUUUGUUGGGCAAUGGUGAUGAGGAGAGAAUUAUUGUGAUCGCUUUAAUAGACGAUGACACAAAUUCCAUAGGCGCGUAUAAGAAUUUAAUUUUGAGAACAAACGAAAAUGAAAAACCGACGGUUGAGUUGAAAUCGCAGAUACCACACACGGACACUUUGCAAGGAGAGCCACAGAAAAAACAAGACAAAGGCGAUUUUGACGGGUUGAAACUAACCAGACAACAGAAGAGCAUGUUGAGAAAAAAAUGGCGGGCGUCGUGCGACAGAAAAGCCGCGAAAACUUGUAGGAAGGCUUGCAAGAUGGCGGCAUUAAUGUCUGUCGCUCGUACCAUUGCAAAAAGAGUUUACGUAGACGGUUUAAGAGAGAAUGCAAGGAAAGUUGCAAAUCGAAGUUUG